AACACGAACGCUACCAGGAAGUCCUGUUUUAAGUAGAACGAGGCCACUUAAUCUGAACAAGCUCGAUCUACGUCAGUGUAUGUAUGUCAGUAUAUCAUCUACAGUCCUCCCAUUAACAUGGAGCACACUCGCAGCCCUAAACAAAGGCGACGCCACAGAGUUGUGACGACAAUAUGUAUACUGACUCUUGUCAUCUCAGCAGCGCUGAACAUAUCGAUGAUUGUUCUUGUUUUGUUGCAUAAAUUCUCUCGCAGUCACCCUGUAAUCACAGCCGAUACAAGGCGCAUUGGGCAGGGAUCUUUGUGCAUUCCCUGUGAAAAGCAUAGGAGUGAGGAGCGUUCCCUGGCUUACUCCGAGGAUGCCGAUGUGGUACUUCUUCAGGGUCGUCGGAUGUGCUGUCUGAGACAUGCUGAGGGUCUAACACAUCUUGUGAAACUUAUGUCAUGCUACUUCUUUGAACACAGAGAACUGAACUCUGACUCGGGCAGGGCACGUCACAUUCAUCAAGGCGACGUCAAAGCUUCAGCCCACGUGUUCCUUAAUCAGGUCACAUUUAAGGGAACCCAUCUUGUGUGGAGCACAAAGCCCGGUUAUGGAAGUGCCCAUGUCACUGGUGCCAUAAUAUUGGAAGACAACUCAUUAUUUAUCCAAAAAGACGGUUUAUAUUUCGUAUAUUCCUCUCUGACGUUUAUUGUACGUCGUGGUGACAUCACAAGGAGACAUGUGACAUAUUCGUUAUUACGUCACAAUCCACAAUAUUCUCCUGUGCCAGACAUUUUACUACUAACAAACGUUAGUCUUCCUCAUGGAGUGGGACUGUUCACGGCAACAACUUUAGAGGAAAGCUUUUCCUUGCGGCGUGGGGAUGUUCUGUCCGUCCACGUGUCAAACUAUUCUUAUGUUUAUCGGUUUUCUUCAUCAAACUAUUUUGGUGUUCGCCAGCUUUAGCACAAAACCUCAGAACACACCUGUGUUCAGAUAUGUACAGUUAUUAUAUAUCACGUAAACAAUAAAAAUAAGAGAAAUGU